GUUAUAUUUUUGUUUUGUGACUAACUUGAAGUGAGACUUCUCCAUUUUAUCUUCCUUUGCCGUUAUUUGUACAACCAAUUGGAAAGAAUCGAAGCAAAAUCGCUGUUCUAUCUGCGAAACAAUUGGAGUUAAUGUUCAGCAUCCAACUGUAUAUUGCAACCCAGUCGAAAACAAAUGUGCAUGAUUUUCGUAGCAGUCAAACAAAACAAGAACAAUAUAGUACCUACAUUAAAAAUCGCAUCGAUUCUGAACGGAAAGGGAACAUUGAACAACCCAAUUGAGAAAAUGAUUAAAUAAAUUUAACAAUAAUGACAUCUCUUCAGGCAAUUAAGUCCAAUUGAGAGUUUUUUUUGUUUCAAAAGUAAAAUAACACAUAUGGUCUUUGAGCGUAUGCACGAAUAACAACACAGUACAGCAGAUCCCAGAUACUGUACAAAACCAAUACAAGUGCGCCGAUUCAAACUAUACGAGAGGCAGAAUUCAAAUGAUAUGAAAAGUGUAAUCGCUUUCACAGUAACAUCGCACGCUCUCUCUCUCUCACUCUAUCUCUCUGUUUCUUUCUCGUUCAUUUUGUGGGACAAAUCAUACAUUCUCUGUUCCAUAGGCUGUGUUCAUCAGUUUGUGUUUCGUUCAUUCUUAGCUGUCGACCAUUCAGUUUUGUGCUGUGUAGAGUUUGAUUCAAUAGAGUAAAUUAUAAAGAAAAGAAACAACAGCACUCAAAUAAUAAUCGUGAAAAUCGUGUGUAAAAAUCUAAUUAAUUAAGUGCAAUCAAGCUGAAGCAGUUGCUUGAACAAAUUGAAAACCAUUUUCAUCAGCCAAACUGUAUUCAAAAGCUGUCAAACUGUGGGGUUCAGGAGCAUUUUUUCUACCAACACAAGGGAUGUAUUACCCGCAUAUGGUACAAGCUGGUGUAAAUCCAUUCCCAACGGGGCCAGGAUUUCCACCUGCACCAACACUAACCGCUUCAACUGAUGGCAUACCGGUUGCAGUAACCGCCGUCAAAAAUGAUGGUGGCUUAUGCAAUGCUAUGAAGUCAGACACUGCUGUCAGCAUUUCACCAGCCAUUUCGCAAGCGUUUUCAAGUUCCAUUGGCAGCCAGUUUAGUCCAUCGGUUCUGGCCACACAUGCUGUUCCAAUUACACAACAACAAACAACAGCAUCGACAUCUCUUCCGCUUCCAUUGACAAGUGUAAGCAUAGCAAAUGCACUUGAGAAACAGCCACAACCACCACACCAAACCCAACAACAGCAACCACAGAGUCAGCCACAGCAAUCGCAGCCGCAAUCCCAAGUACAAAACGAAACGGAAAAUGCACAAAAUCAUGCUACACCAGGGACUACACAAAGCACUACUACAGUACCUACGCAACAAUCUCAACAAGAACAAACUCUCGAGGCUAAAAUCGCGGCAGCUGUAGCCGCAGUGUCUACCACACCAAGUUCAUCCCUUACGACAGCGGCUUCAACACCCACAUUGAUUUCAUCAACAGUAACAACAUCAUCCGCGGUAAAUACAAUUUCCGCAUCAACAGCAGCUGCACUCGCAACGAUGAAUACGUUAGCCAGCACUGUUACUGACUCAAGAAGUCAGCCAAAACGCUUACAUGUGUCAAAUAUCCCAUUCAGAUUCCGGGAUCCAGAUUUGCGGGCCAUGUUUGGUCAAUAUGGCACCAUUUUAGAUGUUGAAAUUAUUUUUAACGAACGUGGCAGCAAGGGAUUCGGGUUUGUAACCUUCGCUAACAGUAGCGACGCAGAGAGAGCACGAGAACGAAUCAAUGGCACUAUGGUUGAGGGGCGCAAGAUUGAGGUGAAUAAUGCAACGGCUCGUGUUCAAACAAAGAAGACACCAACGCCGAUUGUGCCAAACGUUUGUGUUCAAUGGCCGGAAGCACUACGUGGAGUAGCAAUUCAAAGAGGACGAGCGGCUCGAACUGCGGCUGUUUUUCCGCCAGCUGGAGCAACCGCUACAGCUUUUCGUUUGCCAACUCCGCUCGCAACAGCUGCAGCGGCCAGUUCAGCUAAUGCUUUGCAUGGAUUUGCGCCUGUUUACUACGACCCAUUCUUGGUUGCGGCAGCUCAACAAGUUCAAGCUCAAGCUGCAGCAAAUUCAAUUCAAGCAGCACAAGUUGAUUCAAACUUUCGUCUCCAGGCACAAGCAGCAAAUCCGUUAAUGAAUAAGACAACCAUGUCACAAGCGGCGGCGGCAGCAGCAGCAGCAGCAGCAGCUAACAAUGUGCAGGCAGCCGACUAUCGAUCCACUCAUGUUUUACAUCCCAACCUUACGACCAUGACACCGACGGCAACAGUUAAUAGUGUGCAUGCGGCACAAGCGGUCGUUGCUGGGCAGCAGAAUGCGUUAAUCGCACAUGCACAGCAACAGCAAGCCGCGUAUGCAAUUCCGGCAGCUACAUUGAAUGCAGGGAUUACGGGUAUGCGAGCAGCAGCAGCAUAUGGUGCAGCUACAGCUGCAGCUGCAUCUGUUCCAAAUCCAAGUUUAGCUAACUACGCAAUGGCAGCUGGAUAUGCACGUGAGUUUCAGGAUCCAUAUCUCAGCCAUGGAAUAGGUCCUGUACCUGGCUACGGGGCUAUGUAUCGAGGAAGUUUUAAUAGAUUUACACCAUACUAGUGGCCCCCUUGGGCCUCUCAACCCCCUGGGCCAACCAGGAUGAAUUUUAUGCACUGUAAAAUGCAUAUGUAAAGUCUUUUAGAAUCAAAUGCAGAAGAAGAAGAAGAAGAAGAAGAACCAUCAGACCAUUUAUUGAUUCCCCUUCGUAUUGAGAGCAUUACUACAAUUACCUUUGUUCAGCGCAGUAAUCAUCGAAACAAACAUACUGAAGCAAAAGAAAACAUAAACAUAGACAAAAAAAACUUUGUUCAACUGGAAAUUAAUACAAGUAUGUCUUUAGAAUUGACGGACAUCUUUGCGAUAGAUAUUAUCGCACAGAAAAAGAGAAACGGACAUUUUGACAACAAAACGCACUUGAAACAGCUCAACACAUUUUUUUCUAUCCAAUUUUAGAUUUAAGACACGAAUAAAGAAAACUAUCAUUAGCUCUCAUAAAGUCAUAAAAGCUACCGAACAAAAAUCAUAAAUCACCAUGGGGCAUAUUUACAUAGCCCUUCAAAUGUCAAAUGUGUAACAUUUAAGUUUUAUAAUUCUCGCUCAAUUGCCACACAGAUAUUCCUCACAUCGAAACAAAGUCAAAUUUUUUUUCAGAUUGUUGAUCAAUCAUUUUCGAUAAGUCGGCAAUCAGCAGAAAGAAAUGGAUGCCACUACAAAAUCUUAUGAAUUCAAUGGAAAUAAAUGUGUGUCAUGGAAAAGGCAUUCGCAGUUUUUUUUAGUUUUACGCACAAAUAAUAAUUAAAGGCGGGUCUGAAUAUAUGAUUUUUUUUCAUGAUUUCAAGUGCUUUGCAUUGACAUUAUGCGAAAGAAAGAAAGAGAGAAGCAAACAAACAAUACUCAAUCAAAUUUAAAUUUAAGAUGAAUUUAAAACAAAAAUCGUUUCAGUUAUGUGUGCAUUUUAUUGCAAUACAAUGUAACAGCUACAUAUAACUAACAUAUAUGAAAUUAGCCAUAUUCACAACAAAACGUGAGCAAACAUAAAUAUUCAACCAAAAAGAAAUCAUUUUCUUCUUUAGUAAUACAUAGUUAUAAAUGAUGAAAAAAAAGCAGCCAAAGUUGUUGAAACAGUCAUUUAGGAAUAGAAAAUUUAUUAGGAUAGAUUUAGAUCUUCUGUUGUUUCAUACUCACUAUUCUCACAAUGAAAUAUGCUUGUACGAGACGCUUUCUGUAUCGAUAUCGAAUUAAUUAGAAAAGAACACACAAAUUUUACUCUUCCAUUGCUACAUUUUGAUUAUUUUAUUUUCCUCUACACAUUCGAUGUCACUUCGCUUCAUGCGAGCAAGAUAUUUCACUGUGAGAAACAUAAUCACAAACAAAUCUCAAUUGUUGAGAAUACUCUGUCAAAAACAAACAAAUACUCAAUUCAGUUUAUUUGAAGUAAAUCGUGAUGAUUGUUGACGUACAGCAUACAUAUCUUUCAGAAUUAAAAAUCCGUAAAAAAUGUU